CAAUGUAAUGAAAAAGAAAAAACUGAUCUAUUCAGGGCAGACUAGUUAUACGGGUUAGACAUUCUGUGGCUGCUUUUUAACAGAGAGAAGGAAACGAUUUUGCAGUUAUGGUUCAACUUACAGCAGCAAGGACAUCUGAACCCGAUUGGACCUGGACUCUGAUCUUAACCCAUUGAAGACCAGGAUAAUUUACUUUCAGUAGUGUGCGUACAAGCUUGAGGGCUCAGCAUCUGAUGUCUCCUGAACGAACAAGAUGAAAAGAUUAUUAUUACUGCUUUUUCUCAGUCAUGCAUUAUCUCCAGGUUCUCAUGUUCACCAAAACUCGACUGGCUGUGAGUGGGAUGCUAAAAGCUGCAAAGUAAAAGACUGUAAUCAGUAUGAUGAGGAAGAUUUCAUCCCUCUGGACCUGCGGACGACCGUGACAAGAACUACUCCAAAAACACAAACUGCUGUAGUAAAAGAUUUAUGGAACAUGGUCAAAACAAUGAGUGAGCAUAUUAAAAUCAUCCAUGCUUCAUCCCUGGAAUACUUAAAGUACUACAUGGAUUAUGGGAUAAGUUUUCUGCAGAGAAGAGAGCAUCUCUCAAUGGUUCCCCUCCAGGGUGGCUUAGCCAUUCCUUCUGCCCCUGCCUUCUACCAUGUCCAAAGCUUUUUGGGGAGUUUGGGACUGUCAAGUAUCCUCUCUGACCCUUAUACCACCAUGCCAGUCCCUAAUCUGAAAGUGUCAUCAUUUCAUGUGAAACACUCCCUGAAGUUCUUCCUUACUGGCAUUUCUGGAACAACAAACUUUCCAGAGUUUGUUGUCACAGCAACGCUGGACGAUGUUGUGAUUGGUUACUGUGACAGCAUCAUAAGGACAGCUGAACCCAAACAAGACUGGAUUAGAAAACUUGUCAAAGAAAAUCCCCAACUCCUCCAGGAGUAUUCACAGAAGUGUCUUGGCUAUCAGCAGCGGUUAAAGGCCUACAUGUAUCUGUUCAAGCAACGUUUGAACCAAACGGAAGGUUUUCACGUCCUCCAAAGAAUGAGCGGCUGUGAAUGGGACGAGGAAAGCGGUGAAACCAAAGGCUUUAUUGGGUUUGGUUAUGAUGGAGAAGACUUCAUCUCUCUGGACUUUCAAACCAUGACAUGGAUUACUCCUAAAGCACAAGCUGUUGAGAUAAAACGGUUAUGGGACACAGACAUAGGAAGAUUAGCAUACAUAAAAAAUUAUUAUAUAUCAGAGUGUCCUAAACUGAUACAGAAAUAUAUGCACCAUGAGAGGAAGAGAAAAGAGCGUCCUUCAGUGUCUCUCCUCCAGAAGACUCCCUCCUCUCCAGUCAGCUGUCAUGCCACUGGCUUCUAUCCUGAAAGAGCAAAUCUGUUCUGGAGGAAAAAUGGAGAGGAGAUUCAUGAGGAUGUAAAGAAAGGAGAGAUUCUCCCCAACAAUGAUGGAACCUUCCAGAUGAGCUCUGAGCUGAACAUUUCAUUAGUCAAACAUGAGGAUUGGAGGAAAUAUGAAUGUGUGUUCCAGUUCUAUGGAGUAAAGGAAGACAUCAUCACCACACUGAACAAAACAAAAAUCAUGACAAACUGGGUUUCUCCGCCAGAGUUUUCAGUUCGUCAUCAUGUCUUGGUAGCUGUUGCUGCUGUGGUUCUGCUCCUGGUGCUCGGAGUCCUCUACUGCUGUUGGAGAAAGAAUUUGUGAGAAAAAAAUCACAAAGGAUCUGUUUGAUCCCAGAAUAUUGAAACACAAAAAGAUGAUAAUUUAAAUAAAACUCAUUUCUGGUUCAAAUGAUCUGACUGUAACAUCUGUUCACUGUGUUUCAGACCUUCAUGGUAAGUGUUCAUGGUAAGUGUGACUCUUGAGAGCUUUUAUCUUUUUAAGGUGUGUGGCAUCCCAGAAGGUUUUUUAGGACUCUAAAUACAACACAAUGGCAAAUCACAUCAGCAUAGAGAGAAAACCAAAAAGGAAAUAUUAACAAAAACUUUAAAGGAUUCAAAUAAUGUUCUUUCCUUUUUUACUGUCUUGCAUAUUGGAUCAAAGGGUGUUGUUAACAUUUUGGUUGAAGGAAGCUUAAUCCAUGAGCCUCUCUCAAAAUCAACACUGGCUGAAAAAGAAGCGGUCUGUUGUUCAUUUUAGAUGCUUUCUCUUUACAGAUGAUCUGGGAUGAGAACCUGACUCCAUAAGCGAAUGAAAGAAAUUCAAAGCAUCUGAAGAAGGAUUCUGUUCAGCUGUGAAUGAUGAUAAGCUGUACAUGAAAGACACAAAAACACAUUUUCACUAAAAAGCAGCACACACAGAUUUAAGUUGUAAAAGACCACAUGGCCAUCUUUAUAAAGGUAGUUUCUAGUUAAGAGUACAAACCCUGCAGAGUAACUUCAAGCAAAAUGU